AAUGAAAGAUUCGGCCUACAUGAUAUAAUGGAAGAUUUUAAGAAACGCACACAGGCCAAAGAAAAAGAAUGUGAACAUCUCAUCAAACAGAAACUGGGCCUGUACAAUGAAAAUGAGGCUCUAAAGGCAGAGGUACAGGCCCACAAAAUGUAUAGGGAAAAGAUGCCCAUGCUCCAUAACCAAAGGAGUGACAAGCUGAUGAUCAUGUCCAAGGACAGAGAAAUGGACAACAUGCAGCAGGACACAGAGAGUCUGAUAAGUAAGGUUCAGGAGGCAACUAACAGCUUGAGGGAUGCUCAGCGCACCACUGUUGAUUUGCAACAUGCAAACAUUCAUCUGCAACUUAGCUUUGACCUCCUCAGACAUAAUUGCAAACUUCAGCAAGAAAUGGGCCAACUGAAAAUGAACAUCAAGUACACAAAGAACAAGGAAAAACAGAAACUUCAAUAUGAAAAUGACUUUUUCUAUAAACAAAAAGUGCGCCUAUAUGAUGUAAUUGAAGCGUUUAAGAAACUCACACAGGCCAAAGAAAAGGAAUGUGAACAACUCACCAAAGAGAAACUGGACCUGUACAAUGAUAUUGAUGCUCUAAAGGCAGAGAUGCAGGCCCACAAAAGGUACAAGAAACAAAUGGACCAACUGAAAAAGAACAUGAAGCGCUCAGGGAACAAGGAAAAACGGGAACUUCAACAUGAAAAUGACUUUUUCCAUAAAGACAGAGUGGGUCUAUAUGAUAGAGUUGAAGAUCUUAAGAAACUCGCACAGGCCAAAGAAAAGGAAUGUGAACAUCUCUUCAAUAAGAAACUGGGCCUGUGCAAUGAAAAUGAGGCUCUAAAGGCAGAGGUACAGGCCCACAAAACGUAUAGGGAAAAGAUGCCCAUGCUCCAUAACCAAAGGAGUGACAAGCUGAUGAUCAUGUCCAAGGACAGAGAAAUGGACAACAUGCAGCAGGACACAGAGAGUCUGAUAAGUAAGGUUCAGGAGGCAACUAACAGCUUGAGGGAUGCUCAGCGCACCACUGUUGAUUUGCAACAUGCAAACAUUCAUCUGCAACUUAGCUUUGACCUCCUCAGACAUAAUUGCAAACUUCAGCAAGAAAUGGGCCAACUGAAAAUGAACAUCAAGUACACAAAGAACAAGGAAAAACAGAAACUUCAAUAUGAAAAUGACUUUUUCUAUAAACAAAAAGUGCGCCUAUAUGAUGUAAUUGAAGCGUUUAAGAAACUCACACAGGCCAAAGAAAAGGAAUGUGAACAACUCACCAAAGAGAAACUGGACCUGUACAAUGAUAUUGAUGCUCUAAAGGCAGAGAUGCAGGCCCACAAAAGGUACAAGAAACAAAUGGACCAACUGAAAAAGAACAUGAAGCGCUCAGGGAACAAGGAAAAACGGGAACUUCAACAUGAAAAUGACUUUUUCCAUAAAGACAGAGUGGGUCUAUAUGAUAGAGUUGAAGAUCUUAAGAAACUCGCACAGGCCAAAGAAAAGGAAUGUGAACAUCUCUUCAAAGAGAAACUGGGCCUGUACAAUGAAAAUGAGGCUCUAAAGGCAGAGGUACAGGCCCACAAAAUGUAUAGGGAAAAGAUGCCCAUGCUCCAUAACCAAAGGAGUGACAAGCUGAUGAUCAUGUCCAAGGACAGAGAAAUGGACAACAUGCAGCAGGACACAGAGAGUCUGAUAAGUAAGGUUCAGGAGGCAACUAACAGCUUGAGGGAUGCUCAGCGCACCACUGUUGAUUUGCAACAUGCAAACAUUCAUCUGCAACUUAGCUUUGACCUCCUCAGACAUAAUUGCAAACUUCAGCAAGAAAUGGGCCAACUGAAAAUGAACAUCAAGUACACAAAGAACAAGGAAAAACAGAAACUUCAAUAUGAAAAUGACUUUUUCUAUAAACAAAAAGUGCGCCUAUAUGAUGUAAUUGAAGCGUUUAAGAAACUCACACAGGCCAAAGAAAAGGAAUGUGAACAACUCACCAAAGAGAAACUGGACCUGUACAAUGAUAUUGAUGCUCUAAAGGCAGAGAUGCAGGCCCACAAAAGGUACAAGAAACAAAUGGACCAACUGAAAAAGAACAUGAAGCGCUCAGGGAACAAGGAAAAACGGGAACUUCAACAUGAAAAUGACUUUUUCCAUAAAGACAGAGUGGGUCUAUAUGAUAGAGUUGAAGAUCUUAAGAAACUCGCACAGGCCAAAGAAAAGGAAUGUGAACAUCUCUUCAAUAAGAAACUGGGCCUGUGCAAUGAAAAUGAGGCUCUAAAGGCAGAGGUACAGGCCCACAAAACGUAUAGGGAAAAGAUGCCCAUGCUCCAUAACCAAAGGAGUGACAAGCUGAUGAUCAUGUCCAAGGACAGAGAAAUGGACAACAUGCAGCAGGACACAGAGAGUCUGAUAAGUAAGGUUCAGGAGGCAACUAACAGCUUGAGGGAUGCUCAGCGCACCACUGUUGAUUUGCAACAUGCAAACAUUCAUCUGCAACUUAGCUUUGACCUCCUCAGACAUAAUUGCAAACUUCAGCAAGAAAUGGGCCAACUGAAAAUGAACAUCAAGUACACAAAGAACAAGGAAAAACAGAAACUUCAAUAUGAAAAUGACUUUUUCUAUAAACAAAAAGUGCGCCUAUAUGAUGUAAUUGAAGCGUUUAAGAAACUCACACAGGCCAAAGAAAAGGAAUGUGAACAACUCACCAAAGAGAAACUGGACCUGUACAAUGAUAUUGAUGCUCUAAAGGCAGAGAUGCAGGCCCACAAAAGGUACAAGAAACAAAUGGACCAACUGAAAAAGAACAUGAAGCGCUCAGGGAACAAGGAAAAACGGGAACUUCAACAUGAAAAUGACUUUUUCCAUAAAGACAGAGUGGGUCUAUAUGAUAGAGUUGAAGAUCUUAAGAAACUCGCACAGGCCAAAGAAAAGGAAUGUGAACAUCUCUUCAAAGAGAAACUGGGCCUGUACAAUGAAAAUGAGGCUCUAAAGGCAGAGGUACAGGCCCACAAAAUGUAUAGGGAAAAGAUGCCCAUGCUCCAUAACCAAAGGAGUGACAAGCUGAUGAUCAUGUCCAAGGACAGAGAAAUGGACAACAUGCAGCAGGACACAGAGAGUCUGAUAAGUAAGGUUCAGGAGGCAACUAACAGCUUGAGGGAUGCUCAGCGCACCACUGUUGAUUUGCAACAUGCAAACAUUCAUCUGCAACUUAGCUUUGACCUCCUCAGACAUAAUUGCAAACUUCAGCAAGAAAUGGGCCAACUGAAAAUGAACAUCAAGUACACAAAGAACAAGGAAAAACAGAAACUUCAAUAUGAAAAUGACUUUUUCUAUAAACAAAAAGUGCGCCUAUAUGAUGUAAUUGAAGCGUUUAAGAAACUCACACAGGCCAAAGAAAAGGAAUGUGAACAACUCACCAAAGAGAAACUGGACCUGUACAAUGAUAUUGAUGCUCUAAAGGCAGAGAUGCAGGCCCACAAAAGGUACAAGAAACAAAUGGACCAACUGAAAAAGAACAUGAAGCGCUCAGGGAACAAGGAAAAACGGGAACUUCAACAUGAAAAUGACUUUUUCCAUAAAGACAGAGUGGGUCUAUAUGAUAGAGUUGAAGAUCUUAAGAAACUCGCACAGGCCAAAGAAAAGGAAUGUGAACAUCUCUUCAAUAAGAAACUGGGCCUGUGCAAUGAAAAUGAGGCUCUAAAGGCAGAGGUACAGGCCCACAAAACGUAUAGGGAAAAGAUGCCCAUGCUCCAUAACCAAAGGAGUGACAAGCUGAUGAUCAUGUCCAAGGACAGAGAAAUGGACAACAUGCAGCAGGACACAGAGAGUCUGAUAAGUAAGGUUCAGGAGGCAACUAACAGCUUGAGGGAUGCUCAGCGCACCACUGUUGAUUUGCAACAUGCAAACAUUCAUCUGCAACUUAGCUUUGACCUCCUCAGACAUAAUUGCAAACUUCAGCAAGAAAUGGGCCAACUGAAAAUGAACAUCAAGUACACAAAGAACAAGGAAAAACAGAAACUUCAAUAUGAAAAUGACUUUUUCUAUAAACAAAAAGUGCGCCUAUAUGAUGUAAUUGAAGCGUUUAAGAAACUCACACAGGCCAAAGAAAAGGAAUGUGAACAACUCACCAAAGAGAAACUGGACCUGUACAAUGAUAUUGAUGCUCUAAAGGCAGAGAUGCAGGCCCACAAAAGGUACAAGAAACAAAUGGACCAACUGAAAAAGAACAUGAAGCGCUCAGGGAACAAGGAAAAACGGGAACUUCAACAUGAAAAUGACUUUUUCCAUAAAGACAGAGUGGGUCUAUAUGAUAGAGUUGAAGAUCUUAAGAAACUCGCACAGGCCAAAGAAAAGGAAUGUGAACAUCUCUUCAAAGAGAAACUGGGCCUGUACAAUGAAAAUGAGGCUCUAAAGGCAGAGAUACAGGCCCACAAAAAAUACAGGAAAGAGAUGGAGAAACUGAAAAAGAACAUGAAGCGCUCAGGGAACAAGGAAAAACGGGAAUUUCAACACGACAAUGACUUUUUGCAUAAAGACCGAGUAGAGCUAUAUGAUAGAGCUGAAGAUCUUAAGAAACUCGCACAGGUCAAAGAAAAAAAAUGUGAACAUCUCAUCAAAGAGAAACUGGCCCAGUACAAUGAAAAGUGA